AUGUUGGGGGUGUUUAUUUACGGGAGAAUAUAUCAGAUAAUAUUGAUAGUUGCGUACGUAGGGAUGGUACGGGCAGCGAUCUUCGAAUCGAUCGAACAGCCGACGUUGAAUUUUGAUGAUUUUGGUGAUAGAAUAGGGUUAUUUGGGUCUUACGACGGGAUAUCGCUCUACGCGUAUCAGAAUGCAUCGGCUUUCUUGGAGAUUGGCGAAUCGCAAGAGGAUGGCCAUCAGAACAUGUACAUUCGAAACCCUGUAAAUAAUAAUAACUUACAACUAGCAUCAUUCGAUGGAGGAGUAACCCAAAUGAUGCAACUAUCGGACGAAACCUUGAUAAUAAACGGUAAUUUCACCAUGUUUAACAAUAAUAGUAUACAAAGCCCCAUAAUUUACAAUAUAACUAGCCAGGAGGCCGCGUCAAUAUUUCCUACUUCCAGCAAUGAUGGCACGCCUACUAUCAAAAACGGGGAUGUCAAGACUAUCUUUAUUGAUGGCGGAUUGGUAUACAUGGGGGGUGAUUUUGAGUUCAACAAUACUCACGGAGUCGCCCUUUACAACUUGACCUCUAAGGAGUUGAAGACCACUUUAUUUAAAGGGUUUGGUAAGAAUUCCUCUGUCAAUGCCAUCGCAAAGAUCUUUGAUGAAAAAAAUGACGAUGAAAGCCAUGGGUCUAUAAUAUUUGGAGGCGAAUUUACCGAUCUAGGACUCGGUGAUUUACUCAAGCAUAACGUGACAAAGAAUGCCACCAACUCCUCCCUAAUCACUGCCGAACAACAAGUUUCCUUAAAAUACGGAACCUUCACAAACGACAAUGGUGAUGGUGAUGAAAGUUCCUUAAUAUGUCCUCUGUCUAAUGUCGGCUGGUCGCUAAUUGCGAAUCAAGGAGGACAAUGGGCGGUUGAGUUACCAGACGAAAUGAAAGGUAUACUGCCCACAAAAGCACGUUUAUAUGUUCCUGAAGGUGCCGAUGGUGUCAAGACGUUUAGAAUUUAUUCUUAUCCAAAUAAUGGUAUUAUGAAUCUCUCUUAUAUUGAUCCAAGUACGAAUGAGUUGACAUAUUGUGAUGCGUGGUGUCCAUUACUUACUGUAUCAGAUUUAAAAAACGCAACUGAAGAAAACAAAGAAUACGCCGAAGAAUUCUCGGAUGAUGAUACCUAUGUCGAUUCUGAUGAUGGUUCAUUUACCAAUUAUUAUGAUCCAUCAACGAAGACAAAAACUCUUGGUUAUAGCGCUAAUUUUCAGGAAUUUUCCUUUGAGAAUAGCAUAAGCAUUGAUAAAGUUGCCGUUACUAUUCUAGACUGGUAUGGCUCAAAAGGGAAAUUAUCCGGUUUUGAAUUAUAUCUGAAUUCUAUUACUGCCUAUGGUAAUGAUACAUUGAAUUCUCCCAACUGUGAUAGUGAUGAUAGCGAUACUGAAAAUAAUUUUUCUGAAAUUAACGAAGGCACCUGGAAUUCUGUCAAAUCUGUGAGUAAUCAACCUCUUUCUGAUACUGACUAUCUAGUAUCAGUUCUUGAUUCAGAUUCAAAUUCAAAACCAAGUAUCACAUUAUACCCGAACAUUUCAUAUUCUGGUAACUACUCUAUAAUAAUGACCACUCCAGGUUGUGUUAAUGAUGACUCGUGCGACCUAAGAUCUAUUGUUAAUGUCUCCGUUAUUGACAAUGAUGAUAAAAUUUUGUCGUCACAGCUCAUCUACCAAAAUAAUGAUUAUGAUAAAUUUGAUUAUCUAUAUUACGGAAAAUUAGAUGGAUCAACCACUAAAGAUGGUAGUAAUAAAAUUGAGAUUACAUAUCAUGAUUCUAUUAUACCUGAUACGAAUCAAUCUUGGGUUGUUGUUGAUAAGGUCAGUGCAGAUAUCGUGUCUCUAGAUGACCAGUAUAGCCAAAACAUGACUCAUAAUAAUUCUAAUAAGCAUAAAUAUGAAUUAGCCUAUAUCAAACUUAAUGGUUUGUUUGAAUAUUCAUUGGCCAAUUUCUCUAAUUUUAGAGAAGAACUAGUUUCAUAUAAGCAAGGAAACAAAACCAUUAUUAAUACCAAAAAUGACUUCGUGGGAAAUUCGUCAAUAAAUUUGCUAAGCUCUAAAUUAUCUGACAGUUCCAUUAUUAACCAAAUGACGUUAUAUAAUUCUUCUGAACUGUCCAACUUGUUGGUUUUGGGUGAGUUUGAAUCAAAGAAUUUGAGCCUAACAAACAAUAAUUUCAUUAGUUUAUCCAUUAACAGGUAUAACACGACAUCAAAUGAGUCAGAAACUUCUAGUUCCGAUUAUAAAUUAAGGAAAAGAGACACAUCAUCUACUAUUAAUGGCGCAACCUUUAAUGAUUCUAUUUCCAAAAUAUUUAAUUUCAAUGACGAUUUGAUAUUUUUGGGUAGAUACAGCAUGGAUAAUAACGACAAUUCAUCGGUUGAACUUACUAACAUAUCAAAUGGAAAUGAAUCAACCUCGUCGAUAAAUAAUUUUGCUGUUUAUUCUGAUAAUGAAUGGUAUGGUUUUGGGAAUGAUUUUAUUGAUGUUAAUUUUGAUCAAUUCACCAAUUUGACAGUUAACGAUAUAGAGAUGUUCAUAUUAUCUUCUUCUUCAUCCGGAGAUACCAAAGUCUGGGAUAAUUCUAAUUUUAAGUGGAUUGAGAAUAACGAAUAUCUUUUAAAUAUAUCUCAUGCCAUGAACUUAAACUCCAAACAGCAAAUAUUAAUUGGAACAUCAUUUUCCAUUAUGGAAUAUUAUAAUAAUGAUCAACUGUUGCUUAAAAAUAAUAACAAUUUCAGCAGCUAUAAUUUUAAUAUAAAUGAAAAAAAUUAUCGUAUAGACAAUUCGCUCUAUAUUAACGACUCACUUAUUGUUGUUGGUGGUAAUUUUAAAACAUCUUCCGACGUUGUCAAUAUUGGGUUUAUUGAUAAUACUGGUAAAAAUAAAACAAUCUCACCUUUAAAUGGCAAAAUAAAUUGGGACGAAAAUACGACAAUAGACUCAUUAUAUACGGAUUCUAAUUACUUAUUUAUCGGCACUAAUGGUUCAGUGGAGAUUAAUGAGUCGACAAAUUUGACAGGAAUAAUCAUAUAUGACAUGAAACAUAAUGCAUUCACUAAAUUUCAACCUGCUGAACUUUCGAAUAAUGGAAAUUCAAUCUCGAUAAACUCAAUAGUCUUGUAUGACAAAAGCAAUAAAUUAUUAGUUGGUGGAAAUUUCUCGCAGGCUGGUUCUCUAGAUUGUACGGCAUUAUGUCUAUAUGAUCUUGAUAAUACCAGGUGGACAAAUCCAUUCGGUGAUAGUGACGACACACUAGACGGGGUUGUCACUAAUAUUAAAUUCCAUAAAUCAGAUGAAGUCUUGAUCAGUGGCAAUUUAACCUACAAUGGCGAUAAGAGUAAUUUUAUUACCUACAAGUUCGGCGAAUCUUCUGCUAACUCGAUUUCAAAACUUAACAAAUUGGGAUCCAAGCAUUUUGUUGAGAAUUUCAUUAUUUCGGGAAUGGAUAACAAAGAUUUAGACGGAGGUAUGGUUGCAUACGGUUCAGACUUUAUAUAUGGAUAUGACGGUUCAAAAUGGACAAGAAUAGAUAAAGAAAUCAAAUAUUCUUCUGAUACGAAAUUCACGGCAUUAACAUUGUUGGAUUUGGAAAAAGCUAAUUCUAAAAAUAAGGAAGCCUAUUUUGAUAAAAACAAAGUCUUAAUUGUAUCUGGUGCAUUUGAGCUAUCCGACUAUGGGCUCGUAAAUGCUGCAUUAUAUGAUGGUACGAACUGGACACCAUAUAUUUAUUCAUCGAGAAAUAACAAACUAGGUGAAAUUACAACGAUCUUAAUAAAGGACGAUAUACGGUUUCAAUCGCUGGAUGAUCUUCUGUCCCCUAAAAAUUUAUCUGAAGGGAAGGUUGUGGGUAUAUCACUAGCUUGCGCUUUGGGGUCUACUACUCUCAUAGGUUUGUUAUAUAUAAUCCCCUUCCUUGCCUUGUCGAGAAAAAAUAAGGAACAUGAUAACAGUCAGCGGAUUCAAGAAAAUGACAUGAUGAAUGCUGUUAACCCAACUGACUUAUUACAUGAAAUUGAUUUACAGAGAAACUAA